AUGAAGAUUGUCAUCAUUGGAGCAGGCAUCUCCGGGUGCACCGCCUACCUCCAGCUGAAGAAACACCUCCCCGGCUCCCACACAAUCACCAUCUACGAAUCUCACGAUACCAGCAGAGAUCGCAGAUCCGACGCAUCCAACGGUAACCAAGAGGACGCCACGCAUUCAUCUACCCUAAUAGUCGGUGGAGGCUUAGGUAUCGGGCCCAACGGCUUGAAUGUUCUCAAACGGCUGGACGAGGAUCUCCUCCGGGACAUUGUCCGCGGUGGAUACGUGGUCUCGCACGGAAACCUGAAAAGCAAGCACGGCCGUCUUCUCAUCCGUAUGGACUCGUCUGCUCCAGGUGCAGGAGACGAGCCGCCGAUGCACACACUCGGCUGUAGCCGGGACUGGCUAUGGCGGUGUCUGCGCGCGAGGAUCCCCGACGGGGAUAUAGUGACGAAGCGAGUGGCACGAGUCCUCGCCGGUCCUGAUGAUCGAAAUACCGUCUACUUUACAGAUGGAAGUCCGGCCGUCGAAGCGGACCUGGUGAUCGGCGCCGAUGGGAUCAAAAGUGUGGCCAAACGGGCUCUUUUCCCGGAGACAGAGGAGGACCCGUUUCCUCCUCAUUAUGAAGGUGUCUGUGGUAUUGGCGGCUUUCUCCCCGCCAGCGACGUCAAAGACCUGGUGGAAAAAGGAUCGAUGAACUUCAUCUUCGGCGGCAAUGGCUUCUUCGGCUACUUCUUCAGCAACAGUUCCUCGACCGCUCCGCAGCGGGACUCGCCGCAUCAUGUUUCUGAGCCGGGUGAUCUGCUUGCCUGGUGGUCGACCUAUGCUGUGGACGAGUGUCCUGACCUCAGAACACUGGACAUGGAUGAUGUCCUGCAGCAGUUGCACAAGCGACACGAGCACUGGGGAGAUGCCGUCGUGCAGAAGGUUCUCAAGUCCGCGCGCGUGAAGAACAUGUUUCCCACUUGGACGUCGCCGCAGCUGCCGACGUGGGAGCGUGAUGGCGUAGUCUUGGUCGGGGAUGCGGCGCAUGCGCUUCCGUCGACGUCGGGGCAGGGGUCGUCGCAGGCGCUGGAGGAUGUAGAGUCAUUUGCGAGAUUUUUGGGUUACUUUGUUGGCAGGAUGGAGGAUAAUGGGGUCAAGGAGUGCAAGGAGGCAGUUAAAAUGGCUUCGAAGCAGUACAUGGAUCUACGCCAGCCGCGGAUUCAGGCCAUACUGGACGAUGCGAGGAAGAAGCAAAACCAGAAGCGGGAUAUGGGAGUGAUCCAGGAGUAUUUGAUGUAUUCUAUCAUGUGGCUUAUGGGUUUCUUUCCCAGCGUGAUGAACAAGCCCGCGCAGCAGGUCUUCUCGUAUAAUGUUGCGGAGCAUGUGAACCGAGUGCUUGCAGAGAUGGAUGCAUCUCAAGAUUAA